AUGUCUGCUAUCUCUAUCUUGAAUUUCAAUAGUUCCAGAUUUACUCUCACUGGUUUUCCUGGCUUAGAAGUUGACUACCUCUGGCUCUCCAUCCCUUUCGCCUCCAUUUAUGCCAUGGUUUUCCUGGGGAACUGCAUGGUGCUCCACGUGAUCAGGACUGAGCCGAGCCUGCACCAGCCCAUGUUCUACUUCCUGGCCAUGCUGGCCCUCACUGACCUGUGUGUGGGGCUCUCCACCGUGCACACAGUGCUGGGAAUCCUAUGGGGGGUCAUUCAAGAGAUCAGCCUGGAUUCCUGCAUUGCCCAGUCCUAUUUCAUCCACGGUCUGUCCUUCAUGGAGUCCUCUGUCCUCCUCACUAUGGCUUUUGACCGCUACAUUGCCAUUUGCAAUCCACUACGCUAUUCUUCCAUCCUAACUAAUGACAAAAUCAUGAAGAUUGGGGUGGCAAUCUUAUGUAGGAGUUCUAUGCUCAUACCUCCAGUCAUUAUUCGCCUAAAGUUCUUAAAUUAUUGUCACCCCCACAUCCUUUCUCACUCUUUCUGCCUGCACCAAGACUUAAUUCGAAUGGCCUGUUCAAACAUCCGCUUCAAUAGCAUCUAUGGUCUGGCCCUGGUGGUCAGCAACCUGUUGUUGGAUGCAGUGCUCAUCAUUAUCUCCUAUAUCAUGAUCUUGCAUGCAGUCUUAGCAAUUGCAUCACGAGAAGAGAGAAUCAAGUCUUUGCAGACCUGUGUAUCUCACAUCUGUGCGGUUUUAGUUUUUUACAUCCCAAUUAUUGGUCUGACCAUGGUUCAUCGUUUUGGCAGACAUCUCUCACCCUGGGUUCAUGUUCUCAUGGGCAAUGUCUAUAUUCUUUUCCCACCCUUGAUGAACCCCAUUAUUUAUAGUAUCAAGACCCAGCAAAUACGAAGAAGAGUCCAGAGACUGUUUUACUUGACAAAAUAUGGCCCGUGUGGUUCCUUUUGUCCUGGUCUCUGUCCCGCUCACAGGUUUCAUCACAGAACUUGUGUUACCUCCAUGGUCACACCCCUCACAUGUAAAAUCACAUUCAGACGCUCCUGCUUCCCCAUCUCUGGGACUUCCUUCACGCCGUGUCCACACUCCGGGACUUCCUUCACACCGUGUCCACACUCCGGGACUUCCUUCACCCUGUGUCCAUCCUCCGGGACUGCCUUCACGCCGUGUCCGUCCUCCGCGACUGCCUCUUCACGCCGUGUCCGUCCUCCACGACUGCCUCUUCACGCCGUGUCCAUCCUCGGGGACUUCCUUCACGGGGUGCCCAGCCUCCGGGACUUCAUUCACCCCGUGCCCGUCCUCCGGGACUCCCUUCACGCCGUGCCCGCCCUCUGGGACUUCCUUCACGCUGUGUCCAUCCUCCAUGCCACUUGCACCACUCUUUCAUCUCUUGGCUCCUAUUAG